UGGUAGACACCACGCAAAAGUAUCAUUACGAGACGAGUACGAGUAUCAUUACGAGAUCGUUCGCGGUGUCGUGAUCGAGUGUGACCGAAGAAUCUUGUGCAAUCUAAUGUGCCUUGACCUUUCGAAAUUUUCCUUCUUUACGCAUUUAUAUCUCGAGUCGAUCAUUUUCUUAUGAUCAUCCUCCGAUCAUAACCGUUUCAUGUACGCGUUUUGAUUUCCUGCUGCUUUAGCAAGAGGUAGUUGGAGUCGCGCAAGACCGACCAUGGCAGAUUCGUUGCACAAGGAUGGAUAUGAAAAUCCAGCUAAUUUGACGAUGCGUGCUAGCAGCGGUAAUAUAGGAUCAGACAAUGACAUGAAACUGGAGCCGUCUAGUCCCACAGAGAAGUAUACCUUCUCCCGUUGUAGUAGCACAGGGUCAGUUCACACGCCAUCUUCUUCCGCACAUAAUACAGAAGAUGAAGAUAGCGAUAACAAAAAUUCUACUAUAAGCUAUAAGGAGCGUAGGAGAGAAGCUCACACGCAGGCCGAGCAGAAGAGGCGGGAUGCUAUCAAAAAGGGUUACGACUCUCUUCAGGAUUUGGUACCAACCUGUCAGCAUACAGACUCCUCGGGUUAUAAGAUUUCCAAGGCUACAGUACUUCAAAAAUCCAUCGAUUACAUACAGUUUCUAUUGCAACAGAAGAAGAAACAAGAGGACGAACGUAAUGCACUGAGAAAAGAAGUCGUUGCGUUGCGCAUUAUGCAGGCAAAUUACGAGCAGAUUGUUAAAGCACAUCAGACACAACCAGGACACGCAGAAAUGCGUAUCUCGGACGAGAUGAAGUUUCAAGUGUUCAAGGCAAUAAUGAAUCGCCUUUUCGAAACGUUCAAUAUUUCUGUAGCUAACUUUACGGAAUUAUCUGGCUGCGUGUUCAGUUGGCUGGAGGAACAAUGUAAACCUCAGACUCUACGCCAAGUAGUACUCUCGGUACUACAACAACUCACAGUCGCUAACAAUCAAAUCAGCUAAUCAAGUGCAUUUUCGAGAAAGGUAUCCGCGCGUCUGCACAAUAGCAGCCUUUAUAUGAACAAUCUUAUCUGUCGAUUUUGUUAAAAAACUUUCAAGAUUAUAUAUAUAGUUAAGUAUGUACGUGUAAAUAAGUACACGUUCCAAAAAGGUAAGAGUCUUUAAAAGCCUGAAUAAUAAGAACAUGGGUGGACUGGCCCAUCAAGCAACCGAACUAAAUGUGGAUUCUCAGGGAAGAGAUCCUUGCAUUGAAAGAAAAAAAUUGAAAACAAGAAAAAAAUUGUGAUGCAUUUCAGGAAAAGCUAUAAAGCUGGCCAACAAUUUACCGCUUUUCUUGGAGCGCAUCACAUGAGAAUGAUUCUCUUGAAAGGCAUAUUUUUAAUGUCUUGGUUAAUUUGGUGGACACUAUUUAAUUUCAAUUAUUGAAGAUAUGCAUUCUAGUAAUAAGUAAUGACUAUAAGUAAUACCGGAAACUAUUUUUCAAUCGAUUUUCAUAAGCUUUAUAUGGAAAUUUAUAUGGAAACGUUAACCGUUUCAUCUUCGAAGCCGUGUCUCCAACUUUAUUUUUGGCUUUUGCAGUGUUUUUUUUAUUAUAAUAUCUAAAUUUGAUCAUAUGCGUGGCAUAAUUCUUUUCAUUACAAUUGUACGUGAAAUAAUCCUUUUCAUUACAAUUGUACUAUUUUAGUAUAAUUUAGGAAAAUUUAGUACGUCAGUCCCAAAUCUAUGGUGAUGAUUAGUACAUAUUUAUGAUUUAGUACAAAGAAGUACAAAACAGAAAGGAGUUUACGUUAAUUUUGCCGUAUUGGCAAUUUAAAUAUUUGUUUAGCGAUGUUUAGAAAGUACAACAGUUGAAGAAAUAAUUAGUGAAUAUGCAAUGAAUAUGCUGCAACAGAGGAAAAAUGCAGAAAAUUUCCUUCUUUUUUUGUUUUGGCAUUAGUACAUUGGCGCUUUUUACUUAAAAUACAGAGCCCUCAGUACCAUUUGCUCGAUGCCAUUUAAAAUGCCCUGAAUAAAAACGCGUUCAAGUUUGUGCAUUCAAAUAAAAUGAUAAAGUUAAGAGCGCGCGCAAAUCCGCGUACACUAGAAACCGUGUGCAAGAGUGGAAUUUUCUAAAUUUGAAAAUUUCAGAAGUCAAGCAAGAACGUAAUAAAACACCAGUUUUUACUUUUGCUCUUGAACGUAAUCAAAUGAAAUGCACUUAAGAAUGUACAUAAAGAUGUAACAACAAUGGCUGUGUUCCAAAAUUCACUGCCAGCGCUGAAAAUCUACUGUCUACGUUACUAUAUAUUUUCAACACUGACAGUGAAUUUUGGAACACAUCCAAUCUUUGGAGUGUAACAAUUUUAUCUUCGCGCAAAUUUGCACUCAA